ACGAAAGUAGGUUACCGCGAGGGGAGGGGAGAGAGAGAGAGCAGGAGCAGAGCGAAAUAGAUGCGGAGCGCGGGCUGCAGCGCAGUGCACGGCGCGCGGACACCCAUAGCAGCCUGUACUGGAUAAACGAGGAGGAAGAGAGUGUCAGCAGUCAGCAACCGACGACGCCGACGACGUUUUCCUCCGCUUACCCGCGGACACACGGCUUAGAAAAACGUCCGAGGAUUUGCUUUUUUUAUUUUAAAAAAGGCUCCGUUUCGGAGCUGUGAGAAUUAUAUGCGAUUUACAUUGUCACUUUCAUGAUUUUGGGUUUGUAUGACUCGAAGAUCAUAAAACAGCAAAAUGAGAGCUCAAAUAGAGGUGAUCCCAUGUAAGAUCUGUGGGGACAAGUCAUCUGGAAUCCACUAUGGUGUGAUUACCUGUGAAGGCUGCAAGGGCUUUUUCCGACGCAGCCAGCAAAACAAUGCCAUGUACUCCUGCUCCCGGCAACGGAACUGCUUGAUUGACCGCACCAACCGCAACCGCUGUCAGCAUUGCCGCCUUCAGAAGUGCCUGGCACUGGGGAUGAGCCGUGAUGCUGUAAAAUUCGGGCGCAUGUCAAAAAAGCAGCGCGACAGCCUCUAUGCUGAAGUCCAAAAGCACCAGCAGUCGCAGGAGCAUGCGGGCAGUGUAACCCUGGAGGAGGGAGGUGAGGGCGGGGGCCACAACCGAGCCUACAGCCGGGGUUCCAGCUCAGCCCUCAGCGACCUAGAUGACAUCACAACACUGCCUGAUGGGCUCUUGUUCGACCUGCCGCUCACUCCUGAGGGUGCUGGGGACUACUGCACCCUCGAGCUCCUGGGAGGCAGUGGCGGGAGCAGCUCCUCCUCGCAGAGCUCACCUGAGCAGAGCGGGCCAGACUUUGCCGAAGGCAGCCACAUCAAACACGAGUAUCAGCCGCUGCACGAGCCUAGCUUGUUUGCGCACCCACUCUUCGGCAGCCUGCCCGAAGGCUGCUCCAUGCUGGAGAUAGAGCGCAUUACACAAAACGUGGUGAAAUCGCACCUGGAGACAUGCCAGUACAGCACUGAAGAGCUGAAGAGACUCACCUGGACCUUGUACACACCUGAAGAGACACGCACCUUUCAAAACAAGCUUGCUCAUGUGUUCCAGUCUGCAGAAGUGAUGUGGCAGAAAUGUGCAGUGCACAUUACUAACGCCAUCCAGUACGUGGUCGAAUUUGCCAAGCGCAUCACCGGCUUCAUGGACCUGUGUCAGAAUGACCAGAUCAUUCUUCUGAAAGCAGGCUGCCUGGACGUCUUGUUGAUCCGCACAUGCCGGGCCUAUAAUCCCCUGAACAACACUCUGUUGUUCGAUGGCAAGUACACCAGUCCCCAGCUCUUCAAAGCUCUCGGCUGCGAUGACCUUGUCAAUGCCAUAUAUGAGCUGGCCAGAAGUCUGUGCCGCCUGCAGCUCACUGAGGAGGAGAUGGCUCUCUUCAGCGCCAUGGUCCUCCUGUCCCCAGACCGGCCGUGGCUGACAGAAACCCAGCAGGUCCAUAAGCUGCAGGAGAGAGUGUACCUUGCGCUGCAGCACUGUCUCCAUAGAGGUGGUGCUGGUGAGGAGAAACUGGCUAAGAUGGUGUCCAAGCUACCAAUGAUGAAGUCAAUCUGCAAUCUCCACAUUGAUAAGCUGGAGUUCUUCCGCUUGGUUCACCCAGAAACGGCAUACAGUUUUCCUCCACUCUACAAGGAGGUCUUCGGCAGUGAGAUCGCCUUCCCGGACUCCACCGAGAGUUAAACUCGUUCUGAAAAUGCGCAGAAAGAACUGAGAGAGAUGUAGGAAUCAAGAGGUAGAUAACUGGGAGGAACACAGACACCCAAGGAGCAACCAGCAGCUCAGUGACAAUCCUGCACACAACACUUUACAAAAAGUACAACACACUACUCCUACCUGUGGUUUUCCUUCUGUUCAGCGCAGCCAAAGCUGCAGCAUGAGCCGGUCUAGGAUGCAAACCCAUGACAUUCUGAACUACAGUAUUUUUCUACAUUUGCCGCUGGGUACGAUGUGCAUGCUACCAUAUGUCAAAGUAAAACUAGGCCGUUGUGCAAAAAAAAUUUGCUUUCUCAGCACCUCUGCUGUAAUAUUGUGCACCUUGUUCUGCGGUGUCAGUGUGACAUUCGACCUCCCAGCUCUCGCCACGCCCUCUGUGUGAAAUGAAUGUACCCUGCAGCCAUGCUGAACAGUCCCAGCUUGUGAUAGAAUGUACUUACAGUACUUCUCAUUUGAGGGGUUGUCUCUGAUGUCCGGUCACCUUCUCAUAUGGAACAUUGUCUCUUUUUACUGUCAAUAGUGCCCAUUCUUUGCUGUUUUUAUCGUCUGAACAUCCUGUUCAAAGGGACCAAGAUAAAUACACGUUGUACGAGUUACCGGUUUGGCAUGUUGCACACACCAUGUGCGUUUGUUAUUUUGUCACUUGUCUGGUGAUUUGCUGAGGCUGCGUCCAUGCAUCAGCAUUUAGCUACACUAACACGUGGCAGUAAGUCGUGAACCCAGACACAUUUUUGUACAGGCACACUCCAGAGGCCGCAUUUUGGAGCUGCUGUUUUUUAAGAUGCUAUGGAAGACCUCAGUCCCAUUUUCCCUUUCCCCUUUGCAAAUGCCACUUACAGAGACAAACAAAUGAAAGUAUUUUGAACUGUUUAGUUUUAUUUAUUCAUACAUUUCUAUAUACAUUUUAAUUUUAAAGUAUAUAAAUAAGGAAAUGUUGAAUACCCAGAAGAAGGUAUACACUUUACACUUUUGCAGACAGACAUAGUGGGUGGGAGAAUCUGAGAGGAAGGAGAGUUUGAACGGUCACCCACAGACUGCUUCAAUAUAUUCCAGGAUGAUAGGAGGAAGAAGUGGACAGAAAGCGCAUACCGUCUCUAAAAGGAGUUGUAAACUGAACCUAGAACUGUUCCCUCUGUUGACCUUUCCUCCACUCUCAAGGACGCCUGAUUUCCCACUUCGGAAUAGUUCAGAACAGCCGAGAGAGGGAAUCGCGUUUGGCGUUACCAUGUCUUUGUUGGACAGACUUUCCUGAUGGAGACAACAAAUGCAAGAAGGAUGUGUCUCAAAGGCUCACUUCCAAGCAUUUUGUGUGUUUUUUUUUUUUUUUUUUUCCAAGGAAAUUUUUCCCUCCUUCAAACCAUUGGUACACUGCCCAAAGUAGGUGGAAACUUUGCUCCUUGACACUUACAAGAUGGCAGAAGAGAAAAAAAAAUCACAAAGCAGUGAAAGUCAAGCAGCCAGACUGCAUAAAAAAACUGGAUAUUCAGAAGGAAGGUGAAAGAACCGCUGAGUACAGGGUGAGGUGCGGUUCAUACGACGAGCCUCUGGACUGAGCAGACAACAUUAUUUCAACUUUUCUGCAUUGUAAAACUUCACUGGAGGUCAGCAUUGUAUUGAUGUGUAUAUUGUGUGCCCUUUCCUCACCGAUGUUCCCCUGCCCGUUCUUGUCCAAACACCUUUGACACAGCUGAGGGUUGACAGAGCUAUCAGCUACCCCCCUGAGUUAGGGAUUAUUAUAGUUAGUACUUCUAUAUGUAAUAUCAUAUUUUGCAGUGCAAAAGACAGAGAAGGAAAAAAGUAUAGAUCUAUUUUGUACUAUGUAAUAUUUUCCCAUUCUAUUUAUGAGCAAGAUUUGGUAUAGCAAAUAUGCUAAUGUUGACAUAGUUUUUUCUUCUUGAGUAUUGGUUUCUAGCCUCAGUUUCAUCGAGCAGCCGUUCUAAACACUGAAUCCUCCGUAGAUGGUAUUUUUCUGCGAUAUUUUUAUGUUCUAAAAUGGCUAACAUGCCGAGAUGCAGUGCACAAAUUUGUGCACCUUCAAUGCGGGUCUAUCGACGAAAACAAGCUCUGGCUCAUUAAGUGAGUUGGAGCAGUUACUAAGUCACAAUUAGACAAUCGUUUAUGCAUUGCAAGCACAGCUUGUCCUCUUGCAAGAGCACUGUCCAGUUACAAGGCUUAUCUGCACUGUGUUUUGCUCUGCACUGCUGGAACAGUGCAGCUCCUCCAUAUUGUUUAUUGUAUUGUUGGAGUUCACAUGUUGGCAGUAGGGGAUCUUUUUGGUGCUGAAGAGAAUAGUGUCAUAACGGGACUGUGCAAUAACCAGUCUUUCCCAUUUCCAAAUGCUGAGGGGCCCCCAAGGGGUCUCCCUCAGGCUAAAUUAGCGCCACGGCCGAAGCUGCGGCUGCAUCGCAUCCGGCAUGAAAUGUUCACAAGCUCGGUAUUAACUGAUUUUUAAUCAGUUAUUGUGAUCCAUAAAAUAGUUGGAUGGAAACAAGUGGUGACCUCUUUUUGAAUGUCCAAGGUCUGUGUGUUACACAUGUGAUUAGUACAGGUAGUAUUUGUUGAACUGCAGUGCUGCCACAAGGCUCUGUGUGUAUGGAAGAAGUCCUCUAGAAGUUCUGCAGCCACUCAGGGAGAUAGCUGGGCUCUCAGUCUGACAGUGUCUUCUCCAGUUAGCCUAGCAGGACACCUUGCACCGAACAGGAGACCUUAAACCUUGAUCACUGUGUACAGUGUGUGUUCUCGUGAAUGUCGAAACACAGAAGUAUCAAAGACUUCACCCUUGUCUGAUAUUGAUAUUAUUACAGGACUUUUGAGCCUGAAUUGUAGAAGAUAUAGUCUCUAAAAUAUACAAAUAAAAUAUAAAGAUGGAUUUAUUCUUUGAAUCUAGUGUUGAAUUUAUUUUCAUUAAAUUGACUGUUUC